AUGGCAGGUGAAGCUCCAAAGAAGAGGAACGCCGCAAAGGAGCCGCGUCGGCUGGGUGUUGACUUAAUGUCACCCAUCCAUUUCGCUCUCGCUCUGGUUGGCCUCGCAGGAGCCAGAAAAUGGGAGCUCAUUCAUCACCGCUUUCCUCUGGCUCGGGGCUCCUCCAUGCAUUUAGUCAUAGCACCGGCGACAGAAAGGCGCACACUUCGGGAAAACAGCGGGCCGCGCUGGCACGCCUCCUCUGCUCCGUCAACCGUUCACAAAGGAAUCCCCAUUGGACAGUUCUGCAAGGACUUCAAUGAGAAGACCAAGGAGCUUAAGGAGGGCAUCCCUCUUCCCAUCAAGAUCCAUGUGAAGCCUGACAGGACGUAUGACCUGAAGAUCGGCCAGCCCACCGUGUCCUACUUCCUUAAGCAGGCGGCGGGCAUCGCAAAAGGGGCCAGCAAGACGGGCCACGAGACGGCGGGACUGGUGUCGGUGAGGGCCGUGUAUGAGAUCGCGCAGGUGAAGGCUCUGGACGAAAGCUUCAAAAUGAGGAACACCUCCCUCAUGAAUGUGGUCAAAAGCAUCAUCGGCUCGGCCCGGUCUCUGGGCAUCAGAGUGGUCAACAAGUAA